AUGACGUCUUCCCAGACAACUACCUACCCUGGAACGCAUGUCACCAUUCCCAAUCCUUACCCACCAACAAGUUCCAUGGCUCUUCAUCCUCAACCACCUCUGGGUUUUCUAAACAUAGGAAACCAAGUACAGACUGGGCAACUUUCUUACAUUACAUCUCCGGGAAUCCUCACUACCCAUCAGCUCGGUCUGGAAAAUGUGCCAACGAGGCAUCCAGCUCCAGGAACAAUAACAACUAACCCCAAAUUUAAAGACGCAGCAAUAGCUCUUGGGGCAGUCCAUAUCAUAACUGGAUUGAUGCAUAUUGGUUUUGGAAUUGUUCUUGGGUUGCUGAGCAUCAAUUACCAUAUGUCUUGGGCAUUUUGCUCUGUUGCUUUUAUUGGUGGAUAUCCAUUCUGGGGUGGACUCUCUUUCAUUGCUUCUGGCUCACUCUCUGUAUCGGCAUUCAAGAAACCCUCCCCUUCUCUGUUGAAAAGCACCCUGGCAACGAACGUUAUUAGUGUUAUCUUUGCCUCUGUUGGAGUGAUUCUGUUUGUGUGGGAUCUGAGCACCAACGGCUACUAUUAUCAGAACUACUGGAUGGUGAUUUCUGGGACAGGAAUUGUAGGCGUGCUGGCAAUAUUUUCCGUGUUGGAGUUCAGUAUAGCAUGUGCUAUGGUCUACUUUGCCUACCAAACCCUACUCCAUGGCAAAAGGUCUGCCCUGGCUGUUCCAACCGUGCAUGUGGCCAACCCCUUGACGCAACAGCCUUUCCCAGAUCCUGCAAUAUAUGAGAGAGUACCAGCUUAUGCUCCUCAACCAUAUCAGGCAUAA